AUGGAUCCUGAAAAGGUCUCCGGGGACGCGCUCGACUGGUGGGCUCACCGCCUACAGGAUCAAACAAUAUCGCCGUUGACAAGAGAUUACCCUGAAGCUGCUUCAGAGAAUGUACCUAAGCGACCGAUUGAGGCGGUGGAGUCACUGUCCGCUCCGGCGUCGACUACAAAUGCCCUAAAGUCACUAUCGGGCCUGGGCUCUGUGACGACUAUCGUUCAGACAGCGCUAAUUAUCCUCGUGAGCAGACUGACUGGUGAUGAAGACAUCAGUAUCGGUGCCAACGCAGGACUGAAUGCUCCUUCUUUUGUGCUGAAGGCAUCCGUGACGGCCAGCGAGUCCUUCUCACAGCUCGCAAAGCGAGUAGAGGAGCUUUGUGCUGUAGCUGCGGACAGGGUCAUCCCGCUUGAUGCACUUCAGAAGCGAUUGCAACGACCUAUCCUGUUCCGAUUCGCUGCCCUUAACAGCGACAUUGAUGGCGCUGGUGUGAGUGGUGGGGCAGAAACAACAGACUUCUUAUUGACAUAUUAUUGCUCAUCCACAGGUGACUUACGCCUGACUGCGCGCUACAACCAGCGUCUUGUCUCGAGUAACAGAAUAGCGGGUGUUUUGGCUCAACUCACCAAACUGCUGGAGAAUGCCGCAGCGGAGGUCAAUGCCCCUCUUGGGGGCAUUCCCUUUAUCACUACCGAGGAAAAGGCACUGAUUCCUGAUCCUACAAGUGACCUUGAGUGGUCCUCAUUUCGCGGUGCCAUUCACGACAUAUUUGCUGCAAAUGCCGAAGCUCACCCUGACAGAACGUGUGUGGUGGAGACGAAGUCGGAGGACAGCCCAGAGCGGAGGUUCACUUAUCAGCAAAUCCACGAAGCGUCAAACAUCCUUGCCCACCAUUUGGUCCAGUCUGGGUUAGAGAGAGGCGAUGUGGUUAUGAUUUACUCUUACCGAGGAGUUGAUCUCGUCGUUGCAGUGAUGGGCACACUGAAGGCCGGCGGCACGUUCUCCGUGCUAGAUCCGGCCUACCCACCAGACAGACAGAAUAUCUAUCUGGACGUCUCACGCCCGAGAGCGCUCGUGAUAAUCGACAAAGCCACGCAGGAUGCCGGUGAACUUUCCGAAAAGGUCCGAGGCUUCAUCCACGACAACCUGGAGCUGAAGACUGAAGUCCCCGCCUUACGCCUGCAGGAUGACGGCCUACUUCGGGGCGGUGAGGUGAAUGGAGCAGAUGUCUUCCAGGCCGUCAGAGGCAGUAGUACGAGGAGCCCGGGUGUUGUAGUAGGGCCAGAUUCCACCCCAACCCUAUCAUUCACGUCCGGCUCUGAAGGCAAGCCGAAGGGCGUCCGUGGCCGUCACUACUCAUUAGCAUUCUACUUUGACUGGAUGGCAAAGACAUUCAAUCUCUCCGAGAGGGAUAAAUUCACCAUGCUCAGUGGAAUUGCGCACGAUCCGAUACAACGGGAUAUGUUCACCCCGUUGUUCCUCGGUGCGCAGCUGCUGGUACCUUCCAAGAACGACAUCCAGAAUGAGCUUUUGGCGGAAUGGAUGAAAGAGCACGGCGCAACCGUCACACAUCUGACCCCAGCCAUGGGUCAGAUCUUAGUUGGAGGCGCGACUGCCAGAUUCGAAAGCCUUCAUCAUGCCUUCUUCGUUGGGGACAUUCUGAUUAAGCGAGAUUGCCGAUCGCUACAGAGUCUAGCCCCGAAUGUCCGGAUCGUGAAUAUGUACGGGACUACCGAAACCCAAAGAGCCGUCAGCUAUUACGAGAUCCCUUCACGAAAUGAAAGAGAAGGCUUCCUUGAUGGCAUGAAAGACGUCAUCCCGGCAGGCCGAGGCAUGUACAAUGUCCAGAUGUUGGUGGUCAACCGGUUCGACCGUACCAAGCUGUGCGCUGUUGGCGAAAUUGGAGAAAUAUAUGUUCGAGCUUCAGGCCUCGCAGAAGAAUAUCUGGGAACUCCAGAGCUGACUGCCAAGAAAUUCGUCAACAACUGGUUCCCCGGUCACGAGAGGGGUCUGGCGUUGGACAAGGCGAGAUUCGAGGAGAAAUUCAAAAACGAACCCUGGGCGAAGUACUACCUCGGAGCGCGCGAUCGGCUCUACAGAAGUGGUGAUCUUGGCCGUUACACGCCCACGGGAGAUGUGGAAUGUUCUGGCAGGGCAGAUGACCAAGUCAAAAUCAGAGGGUUCAGAAUCGAGCUUGGUGAGAUUGACACGCACCUGUCCCAGCAUCCGCUGGUGCGUGAAAACGUCACGCUCGUUCGAAGAGACAAGUUCGAGGAACAGACGCUGGUCAGCUACAUUGUCCCCCAGAUGAAAGCAUGGACGCAGUUUCUCUCGGAGAAAGGCGUCGAGGACAUUCCCGAUGACGGUACCUUGGUCGGAAGAGUAGAACGGUUUCGAGUCUUGCAGAGGGAGGUGCAAGAGUAUCUGCGCACCAAGCUGCCAGCAUAUGCCGUUCCUUCAGUGAUCGUGCCCAUGAAGGCGAUGCCACUGAAUCCCAAUGGCAAGAUCGACAAGCCAAAACUGCCGUUCCCGGACAUGGGUAUGCUGUCAGCACGAACCCGACGAAAAUCGUCAAUGCUGCAACAGCUGACGGAAGGUGAGCUUGCUCUCGCACACAUCUGGGCCAAGCUUGUACCGGGGUUGAUUCCUAAGACCAUCAAGCCGAGUGACUCAUUCUUUGAGAUCGGUGGCGAAAGUAUGAAGGCACAGCAACUUGCCUACCAAGUCAGGAGGACGCUCGGCGUAAACCUUGCAAUCAGCAAGAUCUACAACCGACACACGCUGAAGGAGAUGGCCGCAGUCAUCGACAACCUUCGAGCGGCCGACUCUCUUGAAGGCGGAGACGCAGUCGAUACCAACGGAGCCCAAACCAACGGCGUCAAGGCUGAAGAGGAAUACGGCGAAGACGCAUUCAAGCUGGCCAACCUACUUCCAGCGUCGUUCCCUGCUGCAUCAGCCAAAGUGCCAACCGUGCCAGUAGUAUUCCUCACCGGCGCGACGGGGUUUCUCGGCUCAUAUAUCCUCAAAGACCUCCUCGACCGCCAAAGUCCCCAGGUCCAGAAGGUCAUCUUGCUCGUCCGUGCCAAGGACGAAGCCACAGCCACCUCCCGUGUCAAGACGACAUGUCAAGCGUACGGCGUCUGGAAACUAUCAUGGGAAUCGCGUAUUCAAUGCGUCGUGGGGUCCCUGGGACCUGCUCGCUUCGGCCUGCCAGACCCACAAUGGCAACAAGUUGUUUCUGAAGCCGACGUGGUGAUCCACAACGGCGCCCAAGUGCACUGGAUCAACACGUACUCAACGUUGAAGGCGCCCAACGUAAUGGGGACCAUUGAAGCCAUGAAGCUCGCGGCGGAGGGGAAGCCCAAACUGUUUGCCUUCGUGUCAUCCACAUCGGUCCUCGACCACGAGCACUUUGUGCACGAGUCCGAGCGCAUCCUCGCCGCCGGCGGGGAAGGCAUCUCGGAGGACGACGACCUCUCAGGCUCGCGCACCGGGCUGGGCACCGGCUACGGCCAGAGCAAGUGGGUGGCCGAAUACUUGUGUCGCGAAGCCGGCCGCCGCGGGCUGACCGGAUGCAUCGUCCGGCCGGGCUACGUGCUGGGCGACUCGCACACCGGCGUCACGAACACGGACGAUUUCCUGAUCCGCAUGCUGAAGGGGUGUGUCCAGCUAGGCACGCGCCCGAACAUCAACAACACCGUGAACAUGGUGCCCGUGGACCAUGUGGCCAGGACGGUGGUGGCGUGCGCAUUCCACCCUCCAAAGGUGGCGCCCUCGUCCGACGGCCGAGCAGGCGUCUCAGUCGCCCAGAUCACGGGCCACCCUCGGCUGCGCUUCAACCAAUACCUCGCCACGCUGCAGACGUACGGCUACGAGGCCAAGCUGACGGACUAUGUCCCCUGGGCGUCGUCGCUCGAGCACUACGUCGCCAGCCACGAGGACUUUGCGCUGAUGCCGCUGUUCACGUUCGUGGCCAACGAUCUCCCGAGCGAUACGCGUGCGCCGGAGCUCGACGAUACCAAUGCGGAGAGGGCGUUGUAUGAGGAUGCCAAGUGGACGGGCGAGGACGUCAGCACGGGCGCCGGCGUCACCAAGCGCGAGGUGGGCUUGUAUCUGGCUUAUCUCGUGGAGAUUGGGUUUCUGCCCCGGCCUGGUGCCCAGGGGGACGCCGGCGUCAAGACGUUGCCACAGGUCAAAGUGAGUGAGGAGCAGAGGCAGGCGAUGAAGGCAGUGGGCGGACGGGGUGGGUUGGCUUGA